UAACCGUUUUUAUUUGCUCCAUCAACUUGCUUCCUCAAUAACAUUUUCCUUGUCAUUCCUCGCUCUUACACAUAACUAAGACCAUUGCAAAGAAAGAAAAAUAGUUAUGGGUUCAGAAACCUUUCUCGAAGUUAUAUUAGCAAUCUUGCUUCCUCCUGUUGGUGUUUUCCUUCGAUAUGGCUGUGCUGUGGAGUUCUGGAUUGAUCUGGUUCUGACUAUACUGGGAUAUAUACCAGGGAUUAUUUAUGCCAUUUAUGUAUUGGUUGGAUAACUCUAAUGUAUACCUUUAUUAUGUAUAAGUAUCUUUUAUUUAUAAUAUCUGAAUUUGUUUUCUGUCA